AUGGAGGCCUACGCAGAGGCUGUUGUUGAUGGGGUCCAAGUCCCUGCAGUUGUCACUGAGCGGAUGCGGCAAGGGGCCUUGAUUGAUCAGGGCAAGCAAGGCUCAUCACUGGAAAAAAAAUCAAAUGUGGCUCGAAACGCUUACCGUAUGAUUCGGCGUACAGGGUUGGGCUGGAGGAUUCCCAUAGAAACUUUUGACUACCAAAAGCUUGACGGGACCUUCGAAACCAUACACUAUUUACGACCCCAGAAGAUUUUGGAAUAUUUCAUCGCGAAAAAGCCUAUCUUAGUCUGUGGUGAACCUGAAGCGUGUGGUAUGGGAAAGAUCUGCAAAGCUUUUUGGGAAUCCUACAGGGGAUACCAUCCUACGCACCAAGUCUUUCAGUCCCAUGCUGGACACUUGCAUCGCGUCAUACCACUGGCCAUUCACGGUGAUGAAGGAAAAGGAAAGAGAAGGUCCAACACUACUUUGGUUGCCCUUGAAGCUGUCAUAGGGUGCAAGGGCGAAACCCGUGCUUGCACAGAAUGUAAGCCAUCUUGGGUAAAUCUGGCAAAUUUGGGUCCCAGAGCCUGUGACGAGCACUUCAUUUCGAAAACAAUGCGAACGAACAUGAAGGGACAUUCGUAUCUCCAGCACUGGCCAUUGUUCAUUGUCCCAGGCAUUUUGAACAAAAACUACAAGCCUCUCACCCUCAAGCUGCUAGAGGUUGUGGCUACAGAUUUGGAACAGCUUUUUACCACUGGAAUCCAGGUGGGAGGUGAAACUUACUUUGGUGCUAUCAUUGCAGCGAAGGGAGAUUUGAAAUGGCACACAAAGGUUGGGCGCCUAGUCCGGAGCUUUGAACACCAAGGAAGGAAACGGGAUCUCCAAAUGUGUCACUGGUGUGGAGCAGGAUCCCCUGGGAACCCCGCCGAGGAUGUCGCGAGUGACCAUCCAUGUUGGGAGCGAACUCUAUUUUUUGAAAGGCCAUGGCUGUCGACGGACCUUCCACCCAUGAAUGUUAUCCCCUUUGAUGCACACUGCCCAGAAAUGAUGUAUCAACAUGAUCCUUUUCAUACUCUCCGACUGGGACUUUAUCGCGACUUUGUUGGCUCUGCUGUCUUUCUCUACAUGUCGUGGGGCUUGUUUGGGGCUGGUAGGAUACCAGUAAAGCUGGAAGCAGCAUGGUCUAGCUUCUACUUAUGGCAAAUGGCUGAGAGAAAGAGAGCAUCACUGCGCAGCUUUUCAACAAGUCUGUUCAAUUACAAGUCAAAGAAAUCUUACCCUUGGAUCAACGCCAAGGGGUCCGAUGUCACGCUUUGUUUGAAAUGGCUUUGUGCUGUGACCUAUGGCUUCAUUCAGACUUGCAUUGAUGCCGAGCAGGUGCGUAUUCUGAAUGUGAUUUUGAGCACCUCCAGAACUGCAAUUGAUUUUUUUGAUCACAUGAAUGAACAUUGGCUGUGGAUGAGUACUGCCUGCGCUGCUUAUCUUUAUGAAGUGGGCCAUGCAUUCCUUGUUGGCUACACGUGGCUGGCCGGAUUCGCGUAUCAAAGCCAACUUUGCUUAUUUUCAGUGAAGCCAAAGGCACAUUUCCAUCGUCACAUUUUACUAUCUCUACUUCUCCAGAUCGAACGACAUGAGCAGGUAGUGCUCAAUCCUCUCGUCUUUAACUGCGAACAGAAUGAAGACAUGAUUGGAAAGAUUUCUUCUUUGACCAUCAAAUUGGACAGCAGGGUUUCCACCAGAAGAGUGUUGGAAUUUUGGAUGGUAAAGGCUGCCAUUUUAUUCAAAAGGCACUUCGGUGGGAAGUAA